UACUAUGAAUCUAUAAACCAGUGUAAAAAAGAACUGCCAGAAUAUUUCAACUUUGCAAGUGAUGUCUUAGAUGAGUGGGCACGGCUGGAAAAGGUAGUAUUUGUCUUUUACCUUAUAGACAUUGUGUUGUUAACCCCAGCUGGCAACUAAGAACCACAGAGCCCCUGGAUCUCACUCCCACACUCCCCAGUGGGAUGGGGAGGAGAAUCAGGAGAAAAUAAAGGUAAAACUCAGGGGUUGAGGAAAGAACAGUUUAAGAACUGAAAUAUUAUAAUAAUAAUCAUAGUAGUAGUAGUAGCUCACUGCCCAUUGAUCAAUGCCCAGCCCAUCCCCAAACACCUCCCAGCCAACUUCCCCCUAGGUUAUAAACUGAGCAGGACCUUCUGUGGUCUGGAAUAUCCCUUUGGGCAGUUCAGGUCAGCUGUCCUGUCUAGGUGCUUCUUGUGCACAUCCUGGCUGGCAGAGUGUGGGAAACUGGAAAGUCCUUGACUCAGAGUAAGCACUGCUUAGCAACAACUAAAGUAUCAGUGUGUUAUCAACAUUAUACUCAUCCUAAAUCCAUAGACCACAGCACUUUACCAGAACUCAGUAAGAAAAUUGACUCUAUCCCAGUCAAAAUGAGGACACAGUGGAACAAAUCUCAGAUGAUACAAAUCAUUUUUCCUCAUGGGUACUGGGCAGUAUUAGCUGCAGAGUGGAAAGUACCAUUUCAUUUUGUUCAUCAGAAAUACAUGUGUCACUCUGAGAGAAUGAUUGCCAGGGAUGAUUUGCUUAGUUGGGAGUUAUUUUGUAUUGAAGUGAAAUCUUUUAAGGUUUGUCUUCAUGGUUUAAUGUCUUCUGAUGUGCUGCAGGAUGGAAGAAAACCAGCAAAUCCAGCUUUUUGGUGGGUCAGUGAUGAGGGAGAGGAGGUGAAGUGGAGCUUUGAAGAGCUGGGCUCUCUCUCGAGGAAGGCAGCCAAUGUCCUUUGUGAGGCCUGUGCUCUGCAGAGAGGAGACAGAGUUAUGGCAGUUCUGCCUCGUGUUCCCGAGUGGUGGCUCCUGAACGUAGCCUGCAUGCGAGCAGGAAUUGUCUUUAUUCCAGGAACAUCCCAAUUAACGGCCAAAGACAUCUCAUACCGACUCCAGGCUUCAAAGGCCAAGUGCAUCAUUACCAGUGACACCCUGGCACCUGCACUGGAAUCUGUCCUGCCUGGCAGCCAGUUCCUGAGAAGUAAACUCAUUGUAGGCAGAGGGAGCAGGGCUGGGUGGCUGAACCUCAAAGAACUCCUUGCGGUUGCAUCUGCUGACCAUGAAUGUGUCAAGAUGAGGAGUCAAGAGCCAAUGCUGAUCUAUUUCACCAGUGGAACUACGGGCUUCCCAAAAAUGGUGGUGCAGUCCCACAGCAGUUACGGGAUUGGAUUCACAAUCUCUGGCAGGUAUUGGAUGAACUUGACUCCUUCAGACAUAAUGUGGAAUACCUCGGAUACUGGCUGGGCAAAAUCGGCUUGGGGCAGUGUGUUUGCACCUUGGAUCUGUGGAUCCUGUGUCUUUGUACACAAUAUGCCACAGUUUAAACCAGAAGUUAUUGCAGAGACUCUCUCCAGAUAUCCCAUCACCACCUUCUGCACAGCUCCCACUGCCUUCUGCAUGCUGGUCCAACACGAUGUGAGCAGCUACAAGUUCCUGAGUCUGAAGCACUGUGUAACUGGAGGGGAAGCACUGAAUCCCGAAGUGUUUGCAAAGUGGAAAAUCCAGACAGGGCUGGAUAUCCAUGAAGGUUAUGGCCAGACUGAAACAGUGGCAAUCUGUGCCAAUAUGAAAGGAAUGAAAAUUAAACCUGGCUCUUUGGGAAAAGCUGUUCCCCCUUAUGAUGUGCAGAUCGUGGAUGACCAUGGGGCUGUUGUGCCUGCAGGAGAAGAGGGCACCAUUGCUGUCCGAGUGCAACCCACACGACCCUUCUGUCUGUUCUCCCAGUACUUGGAUAAUCCAGAGCAAACUGCUGCCUCUAUGCGUGGAGAUUUUUAUGUCACGGGGGACAGAGGCGUUAUGGAUGAAGAGGGGUAUGUCUGGUUUGUUGGAAGAGCUGAUGAUAUCAUUAACUCUGCUGGGUACCGCAUCGGCCCCUUUGAGGUGGAGAGUGCGUUGCUGCAGCACCCAGCAGUCUCCGAGGUGGCUGUUGUCAGCAGCCCCGACCCAGUUCGAGGGGAGGUGGUCAAAGCCUUCAUUGUUUUAGCUCCUGCUUUUGUAUCACAUGAUCCAGAAAAAUUAACUCACGAGCUCCAGCAGCAUGUCAAGAAGGUGACUGCACCUUACAAGUAUCCAAGGAAGGUGGAGUUUGUUCAGGGUCUGCCAAAGACAGCAACUGGGAAAAUCCAGAGAAAGGUUCUAAGGAGCAAAGAGUGGGCAAGCAUAUAAAAGAGCAAGAGUGAUCUGGAAGGCAAGGAGAGAAAUAUUCCCUCACCUGUACCAACCAUAACACAUCAAAUGUGGCAUGUGUUUAUGACCCAGAACUCUUGGAAACAUUGGGAAAAUCAAUCUAUGGCAGAAAAAGGAUAAAACACUCAUAUGGUUUGAGGGUAUGUGGUAUUGGAACCACUUUUGCCAUCGACCUACAAAUUUUCAGGAAGAAGUGCAAGUAAUUCAAAGUAUGGAAUAUGAGAAAGGACAGUCCCAAGUGCAUACAAAGGUCAAAUUUUUUUAACUGCAAUUUGUAUAAAUACUUUCCUUACAAAAAAAAAAAAAAAAAAAAGGUAACUAUAACUCUUAGAUACAUACAAAUAAAUGAGAAAUUAAUAAAAAUAGUCUUUGUCCUGUGGUGGGUAUCAGCAGUGCAUUGAUAUAUUCUUUUCAAAAACUACCACUGUAACAUUCUCAAACUCUUUCAGAGUGGAAGGAAAAAGACAUUUCUUUUUAAUGCUUCUCUUCAUCUUGAUAAAUUUGUGAUCUACUUAAAUGGCUAAAGUCGAGGCAAAAGAAGACCCAAAGUGCUUUAGGUUAACUGCAAAUUAUGCACAGCUACCAGUGGUGUAAAUGAUUACAAGAAAAAGGUUAUGCCAC